AUGUUUAUAAAAGAUCAACCAGAUAUAAUACCGCCUUAUAAUAGAAACAACCCACAAUCAAAUACAGUAUACGAAGUAUUACUAAUAUCAUUUAUUACAACAUUAUCAAUAAUAGGAGUAUUAACAAUAACGGGACUAAUAGUAUAUUGUGUUCGUAGAAAUAGAAAUAUUUCAGAAGAUGAGUUAAGAAGAGAAGAAGAAAAUCAAGCAUAUUUAGAAUUAAAUAGUGAUGAACAAGAAUUAUAUUUCCAAUCAAAAGAUUAUUUAGCUAAUAAUCCUAUGAUUUGUGGUGAUUUAACAUUAUCUCAAAAUUUAUCAAUACAAGAAAAGGGUAUAUCAGCAUUUGAAUUUAUAAAAGAUUCAAUAUUAACAAAUAAUGAUUUAUUAAUUUUAAAUAAAUAUGAAUUAAAUUUUUUUAAAAAUUUUGAAUGUUCAUCACAAACAAAUUUACCAAUUCCAUUAAAAAAUGAAGUUUAUUACUUCGAAUCUAAAAUAUAUUCAUUACCAAAACCAGAAGACACUUUGAUAUCCAUAGGUUUAGCAAUAAAACCAUAUCCUUGGUUUAGAUUACCAGGUAGACAUAUACAUUCAAUAAGUUAUGAUUCUAAUGGGUAUAGAAGGUACAAUCAACCUUUUAAAUUCCAAACUGAACCUCCAUUUCCUUCUUUAGCAGAAGGUGACGUUAUUGGUGUUGGUUAUAGAACUAGAUCAGGUACUGUAUUUUUCACAAGAAAUGGUAAAAAAAUAAGUGAAUCAAAAUUAGGUGGUCAUAUAAAAAAUUUUAAAUUUUUAACAAAAGCUCAAAUUUUUCCUAUUGUUGGUGCUAAUGAUAUAUGUUCAGUUCAUGUAAAUUUGGGUCAAAGAGGAUUUGUAUUUAUUGAAGGAAAUGUUAAAAAUUGGGGGUAUGCACCUAUUGAAGGAACUGGUCCAUCACCACCUGCUUAUAAUAAAUUUAAUUCUGAUAUUUUGUUAGAAAGAAGUGAAAUAGAUGAUGAUGAUUUACAAGAUAGAAUAAAUGAUUUUCCUCCUGAUUUUUUUCAGUCUAAUUAUAAGAAUGAAACCAAUGGUAAUGAAGAAAAUAAAUUAAUACAAAGUUCAAGUAAUGAGAAUGAAAGAUUUAGUUAUAAUGCUUAUUCUGAAGUUAAUUCACAAGAUGAAAGAAUUACUUUAAAUAGUCUAGCACCUCCUAAUCGACCUCCAUCUUAUAAUGAAGAUGAAGGUGAAGAAGAAAUCGAUAAUGAAGCAGAGCAAGUAAAUGAAUCACAAGAUGCAGAACAAGUAAAUGAAAUACAAGAUGCAGAGCCCGAAAAUAGGAUAGAAGAAGUGGAAGAAGAAUUGGAGGAGGUGCAGGACACAAAUGAUGUUGAGGACGUUAGAAGUGAACAUUCAAAUACAUAA